AUGGCAGACGUAUCGGACCCCAAGAUCAGCGAAGCGUACGAGAAGAUCAGGGUUAAUGGAGCUGAGGAUGCUUGGUUGUUGCUCGACUAUGAGUCCGACAAGUCCUCCAAGCUCGUCCUGUCAGCUACCGGAACCGGCGACCUCUCUGAACUCGCAUCCCAUCUGAAACCCGAGAACGCUUCAUUUGCCUAUGUCAAAGUGCGCUAUGUCAAUGACGAGCACUCUUUCCGGGAGAAGUUUACUUUGAUCACUUGGAUUGGGGAGGAUGUCAAGGUCAUGCGAAGGGCUAGGGUCUCUGUGCACGCUGCCGACGUCAAGAAGGUCCUCCGCGCAUACUCUAUCGAAGUCUCAGCCUCCACCAAGGCCGAUCUCGAUCAGGACGAGAUUGUGACGCGUCUAAGGCGCGCCGGGGGAGCCAACUAUGACCGAUCCAAGUUUGACUAG